CCCCCGCCGCCCAGUAGGCUGGGAUCCUGGGGCGGCCUCGGGAGCGCGCGGGGCCGAGACCCCGGGGAGCUGGCGAGGCGCGCGCCCGUAGGAGAGGGGCGGGGAGCAGAAUGUCGGCUCCCGCCCGGGCGCGCUCCACAACCAGGAGCGCAAACGGCUCGGCCGCCUCCCGAGGUGGCGGCGGCGAGAGGGACAGCGAGGCGGAGCGCGCGCCCGGAGCCGGGGGCACAGCUGCCCAGAUCUCCGACCCGGACUCCAGCUUGGGCGCGGCCACAUCCUCCGCGUCCGGGUUGAGCAUCGGUUCUGAGUGGCGGACUUUCUCCAGUCCGUUUUCCAGCUUCCUGUCGAACGCGUCCAGAGCGGACCCCGGAUACGAGAAGAGCUCCGGCGCGCCCGCCCAACUCCUCUCCAGUCCUGGCCCGAGGACCAACACAGACUCUAGGAUUGGCCUCUGGGGCUUCGGCGCCCACGGCCUGAACCACCAGAUCCCCAUGUCUGCCACCGGCCUGAGCACCGCUGAUGGGGCCGCCGCAGCCUCCAACCCGGACGCAGGCCAUCCCCGGGUACCGAUACCAGGACCUGCCCCGCCCUCAGGCCCCCCUGUAGGGUCGAUACCUGAGUCCACCCCGCCCGCAGUGCUCGGCCAUCCCCGAGUAUCAGUACCAGGACCUCCUACAUCCACCAACUCUACCCGAGAGCCAGUGCAAGGUUCUGGCCCGCCCGUGACGCCCGGCUUCCUCAAGGUAUCGAUGCCAGCACCUCGUCCACCCAGUACCAAUCCCCAAGUGUCAGCAGACGGGAUCGCCCCGCCCUCAGUGAUCAGCUCCUGGAGUUCGGUGCGAGGACCUCCCACACCCAAUAACUCCCCCGUAGAGUCAUUGCAAGGGUCCUUGCAGUUCUCAGGACCCCGCUCCCCCCGACUAUCAGUGGACGGAUCUGUUGUGCUCUCGGACUCCUCCCUAGUGUCGAUGCAAGGGUCCGCCCCACCCUCAGUGCUCAACUCCCCCCGGAGUUCGCUGCCAGGAUCUGCCCCGAUCUGGGACUCCUCCCGAGUGUCGGUGCAAGGGUUCGCCCCGCCCUCAGAGCUCAGCUCCCUCCCGGCUUCGCAGCAGGGAUCGCCCCAGUUCUCGGAGUCCUCCCGAGCGUCGGUGCAAGGAUCCACCCCGCCCUCAGUGCCCGGCUUCCCCCAGGAUUCGGUACAAGGACCUCUCACGCUCAGGAACAACCCCGGAGGGUCGGCACAAGGGUCCACCCAGCCCUCAGUGCCCGGCUCCCCCCGGGAUUCGGUACAAGAACCUCUUACGCCCAGGAGCUCCUCCCGAGGGUCGGCACAAGGGUCCACCCAGCCCUCAGUGCCAGGUGCCCCCCGAACAUCCGCGGAAGGAUCGGCUCCACCCCCGGACUCCCCUGGAGGAGUAGUACAAGGGGCCGCUCCGCCUUCAGUGCCGGGCUCUGCCCGGGUGUCGGUGGAAGAAUCGGCUCCGCCCCCGGACUCCCCCCGAGAGUGGGUAGAAGGGUCCGCCCCGCCCUUGUCCCGCUCCACUCCUCUACCUACGCCCCGGGAGAGUCGCAACCAGAGCAUGGCGAGUGGGGAGACGGCGAGCACCGCGGACCACAUGUUCGACGUAGUCGUGAUAGGAGGCGGCAUCUCAGGAUUGUCUGCUGCCAAACUCUUAGCGGAACAUGACGUUAAUGUUUUGGUUUUAGAAGCACGGGACAGAGUUGGAGGAAGAACAUACACCGUGAGGAAUGAACAUGUCGAUUACGUAGAUGUUGGCGGGGCUUAUGUGGGGCCAACCCAGAACAGAAUCUUACGGUUAUCUAAGGAGCUGGGUCUAGAGACUUACAAAGUGAACGUAAAUGAGCGUCUUGUUCAAUAUGUCAAGGGGAGAACUUAUCCAUUUCGGGGGGCCUUUCCGCCGGUAUGGAAUCCCAUUGCCUAUUUGGAUUACAACAAUUUGUGGCGGACAAUGGAUAACAUGGGGAAGGAGAUUCCAGCGGAUGCACCAUGGGAGGCCCCACAUGCUGAGGAAUGGGACAAGAUGACCAUGAAAGAUCUCAUCGAUAAAAUCUGCUGGACGAAGACCGCUAGGCAGUUUGCAUCGCUCUUUGUAAACAUCAACGUGACCUCUGAGCCCCAUGAGGUGUCUGCGCUGUGGUUUUUGUGGUACGUGAAGCAGUGCGGAGGCACCACUCGGAUAUUCUCGGUCACCAACGGGGGCCAGGAACGAAAAUUUGUGGGUGGAUCGGGUCAAGUGAGUGAACGGAUAAUGGACCACCUUGGGGACAGAGUGAAGCUGAGGUGCCCUGUCACCUAUGUGGACCAGUCGGGUGACAACAUCAUCAUCGAGACAUUGAAUCAUGAACUUUAUGAGUGCGGAUACGUAAUUAGUGCCAUCCCGCCAACCUUGACUGCCAAGAUCCACUUCCGACCAGAGCUCCCGUCAGAGAGAAACCAGUUAAUCCAGCGUCUUCCGAUGGGGGCUAUCAUUAAGUGCAUGAUGUAUUACAAGGAGGCCUUUUGGAAGAAGAAGGAUUACUGUGGCUGUAUGAUCAUUGAAGAUGAGGAAGCUCCAAUUUCAAUAACCCUGGAUGACACCAAGCCAGAUGGAUCGCUGCCCGCUAUCAUGGGCUUCAUACUUGCCCGAAAAGCUGACCGACUUGCCAAGCUCCAUAAGGAAAUAAGGAAGAAGAAGAUCUGUGAGCUCUAUGCCAAAGUGCUAGGAUCCCAAGAAGCUUUACAACCAGUGCAUUACGAAGAGAAGAACUGGUGCGAGGAACAGUACUCCGGGGGCUGCUACACCGCCUACUUCCCCCCUGGGAUCAUGACUCAAUAUGGAAGGGUCAUUCGCCAGCCCGUUGACAGAAUUUACUUUGCUGGCACGGAGACAGCCACACACUGGAGCGGUUACAUGGAAGGGGCAGUAGAGGCCGGAGAACGAGCAGCUAGGGAGGUCUUGAAUGCUCUGGGGAAGGUGGCCAAGAAAGACAUAAGAGUUCAAGAACCGGAAUCAAAGGAUGUUCCAGCUUUGGAGAUCACCCACACCUUUUGGGAGAGGAACCUGCCUUCUGUGGCAGGCCUGCUGAAGAUCAUUGGAUUCUCCACAUCAGUCACUGUCCUGUGGAUUGCGGUGUGCAAAUUCAGGCUGCUGACACGAUCCUGAGGUUUCGGCCUCAUGCUUUCUGCCUACUCUUUCCCAGCACCAUCAAAAGCAAAAUGUUGGCAAAGGCUGUAUCAUUGGAUCAUCUUUAAAUGCACUGAUUUUCACCCAUAAGUUUAGUCUCAGUUGGUGUCAGAGUAAAAACAACCCAAAGAAUCACCUCAUUAAUUUCAAUAAGAUCAAGCUCCAUUGCGUUAUUUGCCUUGUGUAGACUAACUUGUGCUGACUGGUAGAAUAAAACCUUGUGAUCAACUCCUUAAUUUCAAGAUGUCUAAUUGAAGUGCUGGUCAGGAACAAUUUCUGUGUCCUGUUUUGCUCCUCUUUAACACGAAAUGCCUGAUGAUUGCAGAAAUGAAGCGGUUCCCUUUCUCUUUGUAGAGGUUAAAUAGGUGACGGCCCAGCCUGUGACCAUCCUUUUCAGUCCUUAGGAAAUAGUGAAGUGUAGGUCCAGAGCCCAGAGGCUGGCAGCUUCCUGGGGGUCAGCAGCUCCCCCUUUGGAUGAGGGAUAGUAAAUGAAAGCAAUGGGGGUGUAGACCACUGAGGGACAUCUUAUAGGCCAUCCUGGCCACUUCUACUUCCUGUGACGUUUCUAGAAAUCUAGUCUGGUGUUUCAGGUGACUUGUGUGUAGCUCCCCACGGGAGCAGAGUAAACUAGUGGCAGGACUGUCCCCCAGGAGGCCUCCUGAUGAGCUCCGCACGAGACCCACUGCAAUAGGCAUUUGCUCUUCCUCCUGGAGGAUGACUAGACAUCACAAUAACCUUCUCUGCUAAUUUCGAGAAAGUAUUUUCCUUUUCUCGGGUAGACCCUGGCUAUCUGAAGGCCUUAGUGGCAUACACUUUUUUUUCUUUUUUCCUAGGACUGCAGUAGAAUUAGGCAGAUCUGUUAACCUAAAUGACAGAGUUACCUUUGAGUAAAUAUCAGCAUGCUGAUUUCUCUCAAAUAGGAACUGAGAUACACAUAGUAAAUUUCUGAUUGCUAUUUGUUGAGACUAUCAAAUAGAGAAAGGAAAUUGGGGCUUUAUAUUUUAACCUCACUGGCUUUAGUUAUUAAGUUUAUAACAGACAUGAAAUUGAGUGAUUUUAAUAUGAAGACUGAGUUCUCUAUUUUAAGAGUAAUGUGGGCCCAGAACAGUGCCCACCUCUUUCUGGCCUUUCCCAUUUUAAAAACUCAGAUUUUUUUUUAAAGCCCCUUCCAGAGGUUUCAGCCAUAAAAGACUACUGUUUUACAUACAAGCAUCUGGGGGAAAAAAUCAACACCAAUGUGAUCAAAUAAAGCAGGUGACAAGAUUCAGUAGACUUGGGUACACAGGUGGAUACACAGUAACAUCUUAUCCCACAUCACUGAUGAAUGAGGCAUUUCAUUUUAGAUGAAGUUUCUAGAUAGCUGAAAUUUACUCUUUUAUGUACCAAAAAUUUUACAUAAAAAUUGUGAUGGGCAUACUUCCACACAUUAUUCAACAAGCUUCAUUCAAAUUCACCUUUUUUAAUUAAUCAGAUCAAUCUUUAUGUGUCUCAAUCAUUUUAGACUUUUAUAAGAGAGUGAUACCAUUGUGUUUGCCCCUCUGCUGAAUGUCACGUGAUUGUCUUAGAGCUGGUGAGUCUACUGCUUCUUCUCCCAUACUGCUUCUCCCAUAUUCAGGAUUUUCAUACCCUUCUUAUCUCCUAAUACCUCUUAACCUAAUCCCCUAUGUUCUACUAAAUGGGAAUUAAAGAUUGCCAGAGAAAAUCAACUCAAGUUUAUUACAUAAUUAACCAUAUAAAUUCACAAGUCACUGGACCCUGAUAAUGAGGGCUUAAGGUAUUGCAGUUUUGCCUAUCGUAAGAGCAAAGAGCAGGAUUUUUCUGCCACUCUUUACUUUGUAAUUGAAAAGCAUUUUAGCUAACGUAGGAGUUUGGGUACUAUCUUGGAUAUGCUCCAGUCCAUAAGGAGUUGCCACAUAUUAUAUCAAAGUGCUCAGAGAAAUCACAUCCCUGAUCUAUUUCAGUUGUUUUGUUCACUUACUGAUUAACUUGGUUCUGACACACCUUUUGGGAAAUGCUGACUUCAGCUUCUUAACAGGCAACAGUUUUAACAGUAAGGAGGUUGUUAACAUAUCUAAGUCUUUAAUGCUGAAGGACUCCUGAGUAGUGAUUUACCCUCUUUUCAAACUUUUUAGAAAACCAAUUAAUUUACCCUAGUGAGAUCAGCCCUGUUAAACUAUAGAUUGAACUUAAAAAUGAAUGCUAUUCCAGAUGUGCCAAGAUAGGAAAUCAGAGCUGAGAACUCCCACCAUUUUAUUUGUCCACCACUGAGAUCCUAGAGGUCUUUCUUCCCACCCCAAGAAACCAAAGGCAGUUUCAGCAGCUGAUAGAGCCUGGCAUCUGCUUCACAGUCCUGAAGGCUGUGUUGGCCUCACUCCACUGGAAGGUCAAGAAUUAGACUUAAAAAGGUAACCUUUGGUCACAACUGUUAAAUAAGGACUUGAACUGCGCAGAAGAGAAAAUACCGAAGGACUGUGAACUAUGUUUAGUUUGAUUGUGAACUCGGUGCCUGAUGUUCUGUCUGAGAUGUGCCCCAGUGCUCCACGUGGGAGUUCGCCUAUGUGUGUGUGUUGCCACUGAAGUAACGAUUUUGCCCGUAUGGUACUGUUUUGUUUGUUAAUAAAGUGCACUACCGUCCCUGA